CAUGCGCUUUGAACCUUCAUACUCUCAGCAGAAUCACUCUCACUAAAAUUUAAUCAUACACUUGCAGCUAAACUCAUUCUCCCAUCGAUCACCAUGGAUUCCGACCUCGCUCUUCUCGAAUCCAUCCAGCAGUACCUUCUCCACGACGCCGACAUUCCCAUGAGUUUCCCGGCGAGCGACACCGCCGCCAAUGCUCCGCCGAGCUCAGCCUGCGUCGACCCUGCUUCAAUGCCGAACUGGGCUAACACUCCAGCGGCAGCGGAGGACUCGGCCGUUUCCUCGGGGGGGAGUGGGAGGCAGAGGCAGAGGCAGCGACCGUACAGGGGAGUGAGGAGGAGGCCAUGGGGGACGUACGCGGCGGAGAUAAGGGAUCCGGCGAAGAACGGAGCCAGAGUGUGGCUGGGCACUUACCGGACGGCGGAGGACGCCGCGCUGGCCUACGACCGAGCCGCUUUCCGAAUUCGGGGGUCCCGGGCUCUGCUGAAUUUCCCGCUCCUGAUCGGCUCUGACGUGCCAGAGCCGGUGAGGGUGACCCCGAAGCGCCGGUUGGUGGAAUCUUCGUCGUCGUCGUCGUCUUCGUCAUCGUCUUCGUCUUGUUCGCGUGAGAAGGACAGUGGCAGCAGAAUGUCCAUUAAUGGGGACAAUUAUUACUAGUUAAGGAGUCUGCGUGUGUGCGUUGUCAGUGCAAGGGCCUAAUGGGGGCCACCGUUAACGAUGAGUUAGUUAUUAGUUAAAUAAAUGGCUGUUAUUACUCUUAAUUAAGUGCUGCUAAAUUAAUGUAAUGUCACUUUGUCUUCCCAACGGCUUCUAUUUGCGAAA